GAUGUAGAGCCCCCCGCCUCCCUCCUCUCCCUCCAUCCUCUCCUCCGCCUGCAUCCUCUCAUCCUGCAGACAAACGGACCGACCGACAGAUAAACGGACAGACAGACAGGUGGACCUCCUCCAGCCGCAGUCAUGUCGGUGUCGCCCGCUGUCGCCGACCUCUCUCGUCUCUAUCAGACAGAGUUUGUUCGCAGCGCCCGGGCGGUCGGCGUCCUCUGGGCCGUCUGUACACUCUGCUUCGCCAUCAUCCAGGUGGUCGUCCUGGUGCAGCCAUCCUGGAUCGGCACCACCGCCACCCGCCACCAGGGGGUGGGACCGGCCCCGCCCAGUGGAACCCUGGGACUGUUUGAGGUGUGUGUGGAGUCGGAAUGGCCAGUCCCAGACUGUCGUGGUGGUCUGUCCAGUCUGUCUCCUCUGCCGUCCUUCCAGUCGGUGGCAGUGUUGGUGGGAGUGUCUCUGUGGGCAGUGUGGACCAGCGUCCUCUGCCUGUGUCUCUUCAGGUUCUGCAGCGCUGCAACCGUCUACAAGAUCUGCGCAUGGCUGCAGCUCACUGCAGGUUUCUGUCUGGCAUUAGCUUGUCUUCUGUUUCCAGACUCAUGGGAGAGUCCAGAGAUGAGAGCUCUGUGUGGAGACUCUGUGGGCAGUUUCUCUCCAGGUAACUGUUCGGUCCACUGGGCCUACAUCCUGGCCAUCCUGGGGGUUCUGGAUGCUGCCAUCUUGGCCACGUUGGCCUUUGUCCUCGCCAACAGACAGGAUGCCCUGCUGCCGCCAGACGCCAAGGAGGUGACCACAGGUCUGCUGAUGUCAGCGUAG